CAACACUCCUACCUAUCACAGACAUCAUCAAGUUAAACAAACCUUAAAGUUCUCAAGUGGUUGUCCUUCAUAUAGCACCCACCAUGAAUUCCAAAUUCUUGCUCAAUUCGCAUCGCCAACUCCAUGGAGCAGUUGCUUAAGCAGGCGAGGUUAAAAUUCUCUGGUGUAGGACAAGAAAAGGCAGAAGGAAGCAGCACUCUUAGGGACAGAAAGAUGCCAGCCCAAAAGACUCAAUCUUUCAAAGGAGAUAAGAGAAGCCAAAGUUGGUUGCAGAGACAAUUCUCCAAACAAAUGAGCCGGAGUGAUGGAUACAGCGCCGGUGAAGACGAACUAGCCGCUGCCGUGGCUGCCGCAGCCUUUGCAGUCAACAAUCUCGAAGGUUCCGCCUCGCCCAAACGCAGCCCGACGAGCACGGGCCCCAAGAGAACCUUAACCAAGGCCAAGUCCAAAAGGCAAAACGCAUCGACGCCACUAGAAAAUGGUGCAGAAUCAAUGGAUAGCCUAGAUAGAAAAAUACCGAUAGCCGGCCCUGCCCAACCCGUGCAAAAACGUCCAACUUUUGCCGAGAAGCUCUUGGAAGACACCGAGGACGCCAAAGAAGGAGCGCCCGCACCGCCAAAACCAUCCCCUUCCAUCAAGAAGGCCUCAUCAUCAGCUGAUAAACAGUUCAAGAAGGCCACCAGUAUGAAACCCGAGACGUCGUCUCCGACAUCCGAACAGCUUUCCACCAUCAAACCCCCGGCUCCACCGCCACCUGAAUUCAAAACCAGGCAAAGUUCGGCAAUUCCUGGAGGCGAAUCGAAAGCGGAUGCCUGGAUCAGGCAGGAGAUGUCUAGGAUCAGGGAAAGGUACGACAACCUGAAGACAACUAUAGUCUCGUGGGAGACCGAGAAGAAGAAGAAGGCCAGACGCAAAUUGGACGUGAAAGAGAGUGAAGUGGAGAGAAAAAGAGCCAAAGCGUUGCAAUCAUUUCGGGCCGAGAUGGAAAGGAUUGAAAAGAUUGCGGCCGCGGCGAGAGCACAGGCAGAGGAUAGGCAAAAGAGCGAAGAGUCGAAGGCCCAAGAUAAAGCACAUAUACUCAGAACCACUGGGAAACUUCCAAAAACAUGUUUCUGCUUCUGAAAACAGCAGCCCUGACUGGCAGGAUGUAAAAUAUAUUCCUUCCUAUCUGUUUCUCGGUGUGAUCAAGAGAAUAACCUUGUACAGUUUGAGUUUGCAAAGAUAUUACAUGGCCGCUUCUUGUCA